AUGGCCAACAUCCAGCAGACGCAGGCCUUCUACGGCUUGACUCUCGAACCGCCAUCUUCCCCUACCGCCUCCGUCCUGUGUAAUGUCAUACCAGGUCUCAAACCAGGCGACCAGCAAAUCUUCGAGGCUCGAGGUCAACGAAUCGCCCUCCACCGAAUCUCCGAAAACGCAGACCGCACUGAACGCAAGAUCACAACUGUACUCGAGCAAGAUGUCUUCGGCAUCGUCCGUGGCGUGGCCACAAGCAGGAUUCCUGGAACAUCAACAGAUCAGCUCAUCAUCUCCUCCGAUUCUGGACGAAUUGCGCUUCUGACCUACGACCACGAAAAGAAUCAGUUCAGACGCACACAUCUAGAAACAUACGGUAAAUCGGGUGUUCGUCGGGUCAUACCGGGGCAUUACCUCGCAAGUGACAGUCGCGGUCGUUGUGUUAUGCUGGGGAGCGUGGAAAAGAACAAGGUCGUGUACAUGCUACACCGUGAUUCGGAUGGGCAGAUCAUAAUAUCGAGUCCGCACGAAGCCAACCAGUGGCAGAGCUUGUGCUUCACUCUUUGUGCACUCGACACGGGUUGGGAAUCUCCCAUAUUCGCGGCUUUGGAGGUGGAGUAUUCGGAAUCAGAGGGCGACCCAAGUGGUGACGCAUACGAGAGGCGGGAGAAGCAGCUCGUCUACUACACAGUCGACAUGGGUCUCAACCAUGUGGUCAAGACGUGGAGCGAUACGGUGGACUACACUGCAAACAUGCUCUUUGGAGUUCCUGGAGGCCAAGACGGUCCCUCAGGCGUCCUAGUCUGUGCCGAGGACCGCAUCUACUACCGCCACGACAAGCAUCCGAGCCUCUGUGUGCCCAUUCCACGGAGAAAAGGCCAAACAGAGGAUCCCAACCGCAAGAGAUGCAUCGUUGCAGGCUGCUUGCAUCUUGCGAAGACUCGUCACGAGUUCUUCUUCCUGCUGCAAACCGAAGACGGCGAUGUCUUCAAGCUCACGAUCUCGUUGGAGGUCGACGACAAAGGCCGGCAGACCGCGACCCCAGAGCGCAUGACCUUGAAGUACUACGACACUUUCCCAGUUGCCCGUCAGAUGCUUUUGCACAAGAAGGGGUUCUUGUACAUUGCCGCCGAGAACGGUAACAGCCAGCUCUAUCACAUUGACGAUCUUGCGGACGACCCAGAGUUUGAGCCCCACAACACCUUCACAUCCGAUGACGUUCCAACGGAGCCUGAGGACGAAUAUGAGCCGAAUUACUUCCAACCUCGCGAGCUCAAGAUGACUCACCUGGCCAUCGACAUACCUGGACUCCAUCCACUUAUGAAGACGAGAGUCGAGAACCUCACCUCGGAAGAUGCGCCGCAAAUAUAUGCGAUCCAGGGCACAGGCAACAAGAGCCAGUUCAAGACCAUUCGGCACGGACUGGGCGUUGAGGUCGCCAUCAGCAAUAGCAUGGGACAGGUUCCCUACGACAACAUCUGGACGUUCAAGCACCGCGCGAGCGAUGAACACCACCGAUAUCUUCUUCUCAGCAGUUCUUACGGCGACAUAACGAUCGCAUGCUCCCUCGGCGAAUCCGUCGAACAGAUCGAGAACUCCAGCUUUCUUGAGAAUCGCGCCACGGUACAUGCGCAGCAGAUGGGCGACGCUACACUAGUACAGGUUCAUGCACGCGGCAUUCACAGUAUCCUGGAGUCUGGAGCAGUAAACGAUUGGCAGUCACCCUCCUACCGCACUGUCGUCGCUGCUUCGGCCAACGAUCGUCAAUUACUCCUGGCACUCAGCUCGGCCGAAUUGGCCUUCUUCUUCAUGGGCGAUGAUGGCAUUCUCAAUCAGCUUGAGGAGAUGCCGGAAAUGAGUGGCAAGGUGACGGCGCUCUCGGUCGGACGAACACCAAGGGGACGACAGCAAGCACGGUAUGCUGUGGUGGGUUGCGAUGAUUGUACAAUCCGUGUCAUGAGCAUCGAGCUGGAUUCGCCAUUGGAGCCUCGCAGCGUGCAAGCACUGUCUGCUGUCCCUACCUCACUCGAGGUGGUCGAAAUGUUCGAUCCAGCUUCGAAUACCACGGUCAGCAUUGUUCAUAUCGGACUCCAGUCUGGUCUGUAUCUGCGAGCUGUCAUCGACGAAACGACUGGAGAACUUGGCGAUGUGCGGACCAAAUUCCUCGGCACACGGCCACCACGCCUAUGUCCCGUCGAGGUCAACAACGAAGAGUGUGUACUCGCAUGCUCCAGCCGGCCAUGGCUAGGCUACAACCACCCCCAGACAAACCUCUACACCGUCACUCCACUCAUCAACGACCCAAUAGAAGCGGCGAGAUCCUUCAUCACCCCUGAUCUCAGCGGGCUUUGCGCUAUACAGGGCUCCUCUCUGUUGAUCUUCCAGAUCCCAUCGAUUGAAGGUCGAUUGUCGCACAGCUCGAUCGACCUGAGCUACACUCCGCGCGGCAUGGCUCGCCAUCCUUACUACCCACUGUGGUAUACCGUGCAAAGUGAUGCCAACGCCCUUUCAAAAGCCACGCGAGAUCAACUUCGUGGCAAAUCCAUCGAUGAAGACGAGGAAGCAACUGCACUUGAAAAGCAUCUGGGCCUCCCGCGUGGUACGUCGCAUUGGGCUUCGUGCAUACAAGUCGUUGACCCAAUCUAUCAAAAUGCUGUUGUCUCGUCCGUCGAGCUGGGUGAGAACGAAGCAGCGCUUUGCUGCGCAUGCGUUCCCUUCGCAUCAAAAGACUACGAGGUGUUCCUGGCGGUGGGUACCGGACAACACAUGGCACCAGGCAGCGGUGCUGAAUCUGUUGGAUACGUGCACAUUUACCGCCUUGUGGAGAACGGCACGAAGAUGGAGUUUGUGCACAAGACGCAAUUCGAAGGUCCGAUCUACGCUCUCCAUCCCUUCAACGGCAGGCUCGCUCUGGGUGUUGCGAACGAACUCUUCAUCUACGACAUUGGUAUGAAGGCGCUACUUCGAAAGUCGCGUGGAACAGCGGUGCCAAAUCAGAUCGUGUCCCUGGAGUCCCAAGGCAACAGAAUUGUAUGCGGCGAUGUUAGCGACAGCGUUACCUACGUCGUCUACAAACCCAAGUUCAAUCGCAUGAUCCCAUUCGUCGACGACGUGGUGCAGCGCUGGACCACAACGACCACGAUGGUGGACUAUGAGACCACGGCUGGAGGAGAUAAGUUCGGAAAUCUCUGGAUUGUGCGCUGUCCCGAACAACCCAGUCACGAAGCCGAUGAGGAAGGUGCAGGUGGCUACAUCAUGAAUGAGCGCAGCUACUUGAACGGUGCGCCUUACCGCCUUGACCUACGUGCCCACUACUAUACGCAAGACAUACCAAUGAGCAUGCAGAGAACAGCACUUGUGGCUGGUGGACAGGAAGUCCUCUUCUGGUCUGGCUUGCAAGGAACACUCGGCAUGCUGGUUCCAUUCGUCACCAGAGAUGAUGUCGAAUUCUUCACCGCCCUCGAACAGCAAUUGCGUGCGGAAGCACCACCGCUUGCUGGCCGCGAUCAUCUGAUGUACCGUUCAUAUUACGUUCCCGUCAAGGGUGUCAUCGACGGCGAUCUCUGCGAGCAGUUCAUGCAGCUCAGCUACGACAGCAAGCAGAAGAUCGCGGCAGAGGUGGAUCGCAGCGUCAAGGAGAUUGAGAAGAAGAUUCAGGAGAUGCGGACGAGGGUCGCCUUUUAG